CAUCUCCCUCCUACUAUAAAGAAUCAGCCCCCACCUCUCCACAGUCAAAUUCUCCGGUAAUGUAGCCCGCCACCACCAUGGGCCACCGCACGGCGAAGCGCCACCACUCCACCACCAAGUCUUACACCCUCCCCUCCUCCCCCACCCACUCCUCCUCCUCCUCCGACUUCGAGUUCACCAUCUCCAUCUCCCCCCGGAAAUCCUCCGCUGCCUUCCGCCCCGCUGACGAGCUCUUCUACAAAGGCCAGCUUCUUCCCCUCCACCUCUCCCCCCGCAUCUCCAUGGUCCGAACCCUCCUCCUCUCCUCCUCCUCCUCCUCCUCCUCCGACACCACCACCACUGCAUCCCGCGACUCCACCGCCUCUCACUCCUCCACCGAUUCCUCCUCCAAUACCGACCUCCUCCGCCACCUCGACUGCGACUCCGCCCGCCCCAGCUCCGUCUCUGACGACGAACUCAAACGCCUCACCAACAGCAGCUACAACACAAGAUCAAAACCAUCAUCAUCAAAGUACUUCUCUCUCCCGAAACUCUCCUCCGUCUUCCGGAAAGAACAGAAGAACCCCCCUACCCCACCGCCCCCCUCCGGCGGCGCGGCCGUGAAGCGGGUCAGCUCCACAGCGAAAGAAGUCAUCCGCAAGUACCUGAAAAAAGUGAAGCCCUUAUACGAAAAGCUCUCCCAAAAGCAGCAGAAAAUAUCUCCGCCGCCAACACCAACACCAACCCCACCGCCACCGCCACCGUCAUCAAGAAACCCCAGAUCGGCGAACACGACUCUGCUAUUCACGAUGAAAGAUCAAGAACUGAACUACCUAAAGGAGAAUCGUCACACAACUAUUUCACAUUCUUUCUCUGGGAAUCUGCAGAGGUUAUACCCAAGAUCAACUCGAAGCUACAUCUCGAGCUGCCCGUCGUCGAUGAGGUCGUCACCCAGCCAUGGCAGAAACGGGGUUGAAUCCGGGUUCGGGUACACCCAAAUGGGCCGGGCGGGGUCGGGUACGUACCACUCGGAUGCUUCAUCAAUGGAGGAGCUGCAGAGUGCAAUCCAGGGUGCAAUUGCUCAUUGUAAGAAUUCCAUGCUUCAGUAAUAACGAAAUUUGAUAGAAAAAAAAAAAAAAAAAAGAAAGAGAGAUUGGUUUUGGGUAUUAUGCAGAAUUAACUGAUUUUAAUUAACAUGUAAUGUGGAUUAAUUAACUUAAAUAUUGAUCAGUUGUUAAUGUGGGUUGCAUCUGAUUUUUGAUU